AUGGCAUUUGCCUUCACAGCAGCAGCGGGAAUUCUCCCAUUGCUGCCAGAGCCGACGGACCUGUUCGCGCCUGAUAAUGGUUUGCUUGAUUUGCCUCCAAGACCCGUGUCAGCACUUGGGGCAGCCUUAUUGCCUUUUUUCUUUACACAAUCGAMCCCGCCAGCAGCGCCGUAUACAGAAGCCGCACCUGCUCCUGCGCCUCCGCCAGCUACAUCCAGUAGCAGCAGUAGUAGCACUGCACCGGCAUGGGUAGCAUCGACUAGUCCUACGGGAUCAAUCAGUCAAGGAACAGCGGCUAGUAGUACCCUUGCUGCCAGUACAAGCGCGGCUGUCGGCUCGUCUACCGGUACAUCUAGCAGUAGCAGUGCUUCGGAAGUGAAUUACUGCCUUGGAUCUCAAUCAAAUCAGCAACCAACGCGGUAUUGGCUGCAGGCACAGGACCAUACUGGCGAGGCACGCGGAUACGCGCCUUAUGUACAGGGUAACCCUCAAUACCCAGUAUACCGCGACGUUAUAGAAUAUGGAGCCAAAAACGACGGCAGCGGAAACCAAACAGACGUGCUCCAGAAUGCAAUCAACACUGACGGUAUUGGGGGCUCUCGAGAAGGCAAAGGCAGCACGAAUAUGCCUGCCGAAGUAUUCUUGCCAGGUGGUGUAUACACCCUUGGUAGUACUCUUACUCUCCGUCUGGGGACAAUCAUCGUCGGAGAUCCAUUGAACCGGCCAAUAAUCAAGGCGAGUCCUGAUUUUGUCGGAACGAGUCUUGUGAAUGGACAAGAUCCGGCUAGUGGACAUCCUGAGACUGUCUUUAUGGUUGCCAUGCGCAAUGUUAUUCUCGAUACAACGGCAAUUGAUGGAUCCUAUACGUUUACUGCUUUGCAAUGGGGCAUUGCGCAAGGCUGCUCGUUGAGUAAUGUUGAUAUCAACAUGCCGCAGGGGUCGAGUGGACAUAUUGGUAUUCACUUGAACGGUGGAUCGACUAUUGCGGUUACCGAUGUAACUAUCAAUGGCGGUGGUAUCGGUAUCCAAGAUUCCAACCAGCAAGUCAACUUCAAAAACAUCCAGUUCAAUGGAUGCCGGACUGGCUUCGCAGCUACAGGAGGUUUCACGGUUGUCCUCCAAGCAGCCAGCUUUCUGAAUUGCGGGUUGGGCAUCGACAUGACCAAAAAUUCUCUCGGGUCGAUGGUAGUUCUAGACUCCACGUCAACCAAUACCGGGACACUUAUCAAAUUCCACGAUUCGUCCAACGACCCUGACAAACGCAAUAGUCAGAUCGUUAUCGAUAAUUACAGUAGUGAAGGACAGUACCCUCUCGCCGUCACGUCGGAUGGCAGAACGGUGCUCAAUGCUCAAAGCCAUGUCGAUACUUGGAUCUAUGGGAAUGAUAUCCCAGGCUCCUUUGUAGCCGGUCAGACGACGCACACAUCGCGACCAAGCGCGCUCUUGGAUAGCAGUGGUCGUUACUUUAUCCGCAAACAGCCAGAUUACGCCAAUUAUCCCGCUGAACGAAUUGUGAAUGUGAAGAAAGUGGCAGGCGUGAUUGUUAGAGGAGACGGCGUGACAGACGACGCGGCGAGUCUAAAUACUAUUCUGCGCGAAAAUGCGGCUAAAUGCCGAGUUACCUAUUUCCCGUAUGGGGUCUACCUUCUCCGUGACACGCUUUUUAUUCCCCCCGGAAGCAGGAUUAUUGGCGAAGGAUGGGCAGUUCUGUCCGGAGCAGGCGGCGCAUUCACAGAUCCCUACAACCCACGCGCAGUCGUCAAAAUCGGCUGGCCAGGCGACGUCGGCAUCGCCGAAAUUCAAAACAUGCGCUUUACUGUCGCCGAGGUUCUUCCUGGCGCCAAAAUACUUGAAAUCAAUAUGGCCGGUUCCAGCCCAGGAGACGUCGGGUUAUGGAAUACAUUGACAACUGUAGGCGGAACAGCAGAUACCACCGUCUCAACAAGCUGCAUCAAUCAAGAUUCCCGCUACUGCAUGGCUGCAUACAUGCAUGUUCAUCUCUCAGAGACAUCAUCUGCUUACAUCGAGAACCACUGGGGCUGGACAGCAGACCACAACUUGGACGGCGGACCAUCCGCAAUCGUCAUUUCCGGUGGCCGCGGCAUACUCGUCGAAUCCACAAAGGCAACCUGGCUCGUGGGCACAAGCUUCGAGCACAACUGGCUAUAUCAAUACAACCUACACAACGCUCAAAAUCUGUUUGCGGGGAUGAUGCAAACCGAGACACCAUAUAUGCAGGGUCAAGGCGCAAUUGAGACUGUGCCUGCGCCAUGGAUUUUAUCGAAUCAGUACCAUGACCCGGACUAUAGCUGGUGCACCGCGAGUGAUCAACACUGCCGCUCCGCUUUGGCUACCAAUAUCGAUGGUGGCUCGAAUCUCAUGUUAUAUGGUUCGGCGGCAUGGACGUUCUUUGAAGGGCCAUGGAAUGGAUUAUAUAAUACGCCAUGCGCCAGUGGAGUGUGUCAGAGUAACAUGAUGCGUGUGGCCAACAGUCCGCAAAAUCUGGCUUGGUAUUCGAUCAGUACGAAAUCAAGCGAUGUUAUGAUUCUGGAUGGGCUGAGUAAUCCGAGAGAGUUCAACAAUCCUGGUGGAUGGUCCGGAGUCAUUCAGGCAUAUCGACAAUUUGGUUGA